ACUUUUCCGUCCCCCUCCCUCCCCCUAGUCCUCCCCCAGUCCCCCAACCCCGCUCCCCUCUCCGGCAGCGCUGGCUCCAGGGCCGGGAGGCUGUGGGCCGCAUGACGAGAGACUGAAGACGCCGCCACCGUCCGCCCGUUCGCUCACGGACCUUCACCUCCGGGCCCUCCGGGACGGCUCGGCCCGGCCCGACUGGAGCAGCUCGCGCGGUCGCCAUGGCCCAGCCGGGGAGGCUCGGCGCCAGUUCUCCGGCGCAGAAUGGAGCCGUCUCCGCCGUGGGGCCGUCCUACAGCAACGGUCCUGUGCAAAACCCAUUGAUGCAGUCACAAGUUUCAGUGAGCCAAGGAUACAAUUCUCCAUUUCCAGGAUCUUACCCUCAUCAGAUACCAGCAAAGACUUUGAAUCCAGCCUCUGGACCGUAUAAUUAUAGUGCUUCUCAGACUGUUUCUUCAUUAAAUAGUUAUCAGGGACCUGGGCAGACUCUCAAUAGACUCCCCUUGGAACCUAAUCCAGUGGCACCUUUGCAUUCUACUGCCCCUGUUCCCCGAAUGCCACCACCGCCUUCAUCUCAAACCCCAGCUGCUGUACCAGCAUCUUCUGAUAGCUUUCUUUAUGGACCUGACCCCUCACCAUCUUCAAACUGGCAAUAUAGUCACCCACCAGUGGGAUCGAAAACAAAUAACUUUGUUCCUGUAUCAACACAACCAUCUUUAUCAGGGAAUACAAAUCUGUUAAGAAAUAAUCAGUAUGUUUCUCUUGGAGCUCCUUCACUUCAAAACAACUACGUGAAAACAGGCUCUGUACCUCCACCAACAAAUCAGCCUUUACCUACAAUUUAUCAACCAACUCGAGCUCCUCUUGGACCACCUCCAUCUGGAGGCCCACCUCCAGUAAGAUCAUUGGAUCCCCAGAGAAAAACAUCAAACAGUGUUCCACCCCCACCACAGCUUAACUCAGCUGUGAACCAAGAAGGUGAUAUAUCAACUGCCAAUAAUGGCUCCGUGGUUGAGAACAGUUAUGAUACAAUUGAAGGAGGUGGCUUCAUGGCAACACCACAACUUACCAACCAGAAUCCCAAAAUGAGUCGAAAUGUUGGCUAUUCAUAUCCCUCCUUACCACCUGGUUACCAAAACACUUCUCCCCCUAAUAUGUCAGGAAGGCCGUCCACAGCAUUGCAAUACACUACUGGGCUGCAGCCAUUUUCUCAGUCUCCCUUAGGUGCUAAUCAUUUAACCACAAACAUGGGUGGGUUAAGUCUACAUCCAGAAGGACUACGAGUUAUCAAUCUUCUUCAAGAAAGAAAUAUGCUUCCAACAACCCCUUUGAAGGCUCCUGUCCCAAACUUGCACGAAGACAUACAAAAACUUAACUGUAACCCAGAGUUGUUUCGAUGUACUUUGACUAAUAUUCCUCAGACUCAGGCCUUAUUGAACAAAGCCAAACUUCCUUUAGGGCUACUGCUACAUCCUUUCAAGGAUUUAUUGCAAUUGCCUGUGGUUACCUCUAGUACAAUUGUGAGAUGCCGUUCAUGCAGGACAUACAUCAACCCUUUUGUCAGCUUUCUUGACCAAAGGAGAUGGAAGUGCAACUUGUGUUACAGAGUAAAUGAUGUUCCUGAAGAAUUUAUGUACAAUCCUAUGACCAGAGUAUAUGGAGAUCCUCUUAGAAGACCUGAAGUUCAAAAUGCUACUAUUGAGUUUAUGGCUCCUUCAGAAUAUAUGUUACGUCCACCUCAACCUCCUGUGUACCUCUUUGUAUUUGACGUGUCUCACAAUGCAGUUGAAACUGGAUAUUUGAAUUCUGUUUGCCAGAGUUUACUGGACAAUCUAGAUUCGCUUCCUGGUAACACUCGAACAAAAAUUGGCUUUAUAACAUUUGACAGUACAAUCCACUUCUACAGUCUUCAAGAAGGUCUCUCUCAGCCUCAGAUGCUAAUAGUUUCAGAUAUUGAAGAUGUGUUCAUACCAAUGCCAGAAAACUUACUUGUAAAUUUAAAUGAAAAUAAAGAGCUUAUUCAAGACUUACUGAAAACUUUGCCACAAAUGUUUACCAAAUCUUUGGAAACACAGAGUGCUCUGGGACCUGCGCUUCAGAGUGCCUUUAAGUUGAUGUCUCCUACUGGUGGUCGAAUUUCUGUUUUCCAAACACAGCUUCCAUCUAUUGGAGUAGGAGCAUUAAAAUCCCGAGAAGAACCUAAUCAAAGAUCAUCUGCUAAGGAAAUACAUCUUACACCAUCUACCGACUUCUAUAAGAAGUUAGCCUUGGAUUGUUCUGGUCAGCAAGUAGCAGUUGAUUUGUUUCUUCUCAGUGGGCAGUAUUCUGACCUGGCUUCUUUAGGCUGUAUUUCAAGAUAUUCAGCGGGUAGCGUCUAUUACUAUCCAUCUUAUCACCAUCAGCACAACCCAGUCCAAGUAGAGAAGUUACAGAAAGAGUUGAAACGAUACCUAACCAGGAAGAUUGGUUUUGAGGCUGUCAUGAGGAUAAGGUGUACCAAAGGUCUUUCCAUUCAUACCUUCCAUGGAAAUUUCUUUGUACGAUCAACAGACUUGCUGUCCUUGCCCAAUGUAAACCCAGAUGCUGGAUAUGCAGUACAAAUGUCAGUGGAAGAAAAUCUUACCGACAUUCAAAUGGUUUCUUUUCAGUCAGCUCUCUUAUAUACGUCUAGCAAAGGCGAAAGGAGGAUUCGUGUACAUACUAUGUGUUUACCAGUAGUUUCAACACUGAAUGAAGUCUACCUUGGAGCUGAUGUUCAAGCAAUUUCAGGAUUAUUGGCCAAUAUGGCUGUUGACAGAUCCAUUACUGCCAGUCUGAGUGAUGCUCGUGAUGCCCUAGUAAAUGCCGUAAUAGAUUCUCUGUCUGCUUACCGCACUUCAGUCCUAAGUAGUCAGCAGCCUGGUCUCUUGGUUCCCUUUUCUUUACGUCUCUUCCCACUUUUUGUGUUAGCUCUUCUUAAACAGAAAUCAUUCCAAAUUGGUACUACUGCUCGCCUGGAUGAACGUAUUUUUGCUAUGUGUCAAGUGAAAAAUCAGCCCCUGGUUUACCUCAUGCUUAUGACCCAUCCUAAUCUAUACAGAGUUGACAAUCUCUCAGAUGAGGGAGCCCUCAACAUCAAUGAUAAGACUAUACCUCAGCCACCUAUUCUGCAGCUAUCUGUAGAGAAGUUGAACAGGGAUGGAGCUUUUCUUAUGGAUGCAGGCACUGUAAUGAUGCUGUGGGUUGGAAAAAAUUGUGGACAAAAUUUUCUCAGCCAAGUUCUUGGAGUUCCAAACUAUGCAUCUUUACCACUCAAUAUGACAUACCUUCCAGACCUUGAUACUGCAGAAUCUGCCAGAAUAGGAAGUUUCAUCUCAUGGCUUAGAGAACAUAGGCCGUUCUUUCCAGUACUUUAUGUAAUAAGGGAUGAGAGUCCAAUGAAAGCAACUUUCCUUCAGUACAUGGUAGAAGACAGAACAGAAUCUGCCUUAUCAUAUUAUGAGUUUCUCCUGCAUGUACAACAGCAAGUGAAUAAAUGAAGAAUAUGGAUCAUCUUUUCCCAAGGAAAAUCACGUGUUGAGAACACUUGAGCUUGUAAUGCCCUCUUUUAAAAAACUUUUUUAUUAAUUUUGUGGCCUAGUAUGAUGGUUAAGAUAUUUUCACUGUGAUUUCAAUAAACUACAGCAAAUAAUGGACCACAGAAGAAAAUCAAACAUGCAUCUAAAGAUGCUGUAUUUUUCAAAUCAAAAUAUAUCUAAAUAUGAUUGGGCACUUUUUAUUUGCUGCCAAUUAUGUUUGAAUGGUUGUAGACUGAAGUAAGUUGAAGAUAAUAUUGAGACAAAGUACAUCUUGUAAAAUAAAGACUUCUUUGUUGCUCAAAAUAUAUAUAUUCUUAUUUUUUAUUUUUGCUGAAUUUUUUGCUGCUACAAUUAAAACCUCACGUGACUAAGUGUUGCAGGGAAGUUAUAUCCACUGAUAAGACCUUUUAAAAAAAUAUAUAAAAAGUUUAAUCCACUUAUAAGUCAAUGGAUGUUUGAAAACCUUUGUUGUUCCCUCCUUUUUUAAGGAAAAAAAGGGGGGGUUAUCUUGUUAAAUAAAACUAAAAUUAACUUUUUCUGGGGCAACUAGGUGGUACAGUGGAUAAAGCACUGGCCCUGGAUUCAGGAGGACCUGAGUUCAAAUUUGGCCUCAGACACUUACUAGCCGUGUGACCCUAGGCUUAACCCCAAUUGCCUGGGGGGAGGGGGGGAGGAAAGAAACUUUUUCUUAGUUCAAGAGGGAAAUAUGAAGUAGUACAUUCAAGCUUUUAAAUCCAUCAGUAUUCUUUAUACUUGAAGGACAAAGCCCUAAUGCAACAAAAACUAUAAUUGUUUAUCUGAUUUGGCUACAGUAGGACUGGACUCUGUAUUCAGCCUUGUUCUGCAUUGAAAAUAAUCUGAGCUCAGUAGGCAUAAAUACUCUUGUGAUUUUUUUUCCUAAUAAGGGAAAGGAGUAAUGCCUGUAUAUUAGGGAGAUGUGAAUCUUUAAUGCUCUUGAUCCAUUGUAAGUUCUUGUUUGAUAUGUUUCUGAUUUCUUCUUGUAUUUCAUCAACUUUCUGGCCUAUAAUGAACAAUAAAUAUAUUCUUUUGAUAAGAUAUGGAUGAAUGAAAGAAAUCAAAUGUUUAAUGUUGUUUCAAAUGCACCUGAAACUUAAGGUAACUUUCAGGAGUAUGAAUGAUGGCAUUGGAAAUGGUGCAUAAGUAAUUUUAUUCUUGGAAAUUAAAAUCUAUUAAAGCAUGAACAGAUGUUUGAUUCAGUGGAUUUUUUUUUUAAGUUUUCAUAAAUUUUAGUGACAUUAAUAUUUUUUUAAAGGCCUGGUUUUAGGAUUUGUUCAGAAAUAAUGGGUUUCAGUUCAGCAAAGGAAAUAUUUAAGCCAAAACUAUUCAAGGCAUUUUGUUUACUUAUUUAGUCAACGUGCAUUCAUAAACUAUAACACAAUGGCAAAUAUUAAUAAAGAAUUUGGCUCAAGGAUUUUUCACAAAUUUAUCCUUCCUUGUGAGUAACAACUCAUUAGUAAAUGAAGUUUCCUUUAAUUAAUACCUAGUAGAAGCUUUUUAUUUUAAUGGAAUAUAAAUAUGUUUACAAUGUUGGCCUAGGUUGAUCAGCAAAUGAAUAGUAAUGGUUAAGAUUUACAUCAGUAUGAGCUGUACUUUAACUGAGUUGCCUUGAUACAAGGGGAAAUAAAAGAACUUACCUGGGAAUAGAGCUACUGUUUUCUGUUGGAUCAGAAAAAUUUAACAUAUUUGUAUUAUUUUUAAAGAGACCUAAGCAGUGUCAGACUCUGUUCUCAGUGUUCAAGUCCAUUGUACUGGAAGCUUUGUGAAAGAUGUUACCAAUAUGUGAUUUAUUAUUUUAUUCACUUGGUGUGUGGUAGCUUUCAAAUUAUAACAAAAUAGGGGUUUUUUUCUGUAAUAAAAUUCAUUUCACCAUAUCAUGUGUUGACAUUUCUCAAAAGAACUAAAAUUCUUAUAAAAAUAAGAAUUGUACAUUAUUUUAACUUUUAAAACCCUUUGAGGAGUUAAAGAAUCUUCCAGGGUGGGAGGUACAUCCUUCUAGGGAGAGAAAUCCUCCUUGUGCCUCAAACAUCCCUACAGGGGAAAUGGUUCUUAUUUGCUCAACAUGCUUUGUUAGCAUAUUUCAUAAAUCUCUUAUUUUUUUAAUUCCUAUUUUAGAUAUUUUCUAAUUUAUGUGUGAACUAGAAUGAUUAGAACUUUGAAUCCAUGGGUCAUAAUGAAUAUUCCAUUUAGGAUUCUCCAUGUUUGGUCUGUAAUUUCUAUAAACAGUGAAUGAAUGAACCCUCCUGGAGGUAGAAUGCUUUGGAAAUGUUGAUAUUUAAGUAAUUAUUCUUUGCAAUAUGAAAUUUUCCUUUUUAAUUCUAUUCCCAGUAGUGGGCACAUGACCUGCUGUUUCAUCUUCUAUUACAUUUUGAUGUUGUAAAACAGUCCGAUAUUUACACAAUGCCAUAUUUUUCAAUGUAGCUGUAAACUAUUAGAAAUGCUUGCAUUUUCUAUAGCUCUACAACUGCUAAAGGUAAUAAGCAAGAGCAAGUUUGUUACCUGUUUGUGAGCAAUGACAGUCCUACCACAGCAAAUGCACUCUAUUUUUCUAGUUUCUGGGAUUUUUAAAAUAAUAUAUCUAUAAGUUUGACUUACUAGUAUUCAGUCAAAAGCAGUAAUCUUAAUUUGCAUAUAUUUUCAUUAUUUUUAAUUUAAUAUAUUGAAUCUAAUAGACUGUUCUGCAAUAAUUAGAAUAAAAUUUAUUUUAUUCAUUUAACAAUAAUCAAAGAUGCAUAACAGCUAUUAUCUAGGGGACCAUCAAAUGUGAUUUUAUGUUCUUGUUCUAUAUUACAAUGUAAUCCUUAUAGUAAAUUUUAAUUUUGUAAAGUAGUGUAUAAUAUUGUAACAUUAAAUUCUUCUCAAACCCAAAUAUGUAUUGUUCUUUAGUGUGAUGUGUUAAAUCUUGCCCCUUUGAAACAUUAAGAGCCAAGAUUUACUUGUCCUCUUUUUUUUAUAGUUUGUAAUUUUCACUGUAAAAAGACAAGUCAUUUGUAACACAUGCAAAUCCUUAUUUUAUCUGUACUAACUUAUCAAUUUGGCUACUCAAUAAAAUUAAUUGAAAGAGCUUAUAACAGAUGACCAAUCAUUUGGAUUGAUAGAUGCACCAUACUACAAAAGAAACUAAUCUGUGUCAUGUUGCACUAUGUUACAUAAUAUUAUGUGUGUGGGAAACAGCAAAACUGAAGGAAUUUUGAAUCUUGCAUCCAGGUUUGAGAGUUAGACUGUUAUUUCCCAUUGACUAGAGUACAUACAAGCUUUGUGUCCAAGCUCCAUUUGUAAAAUGAGAACACCAAGCUACCUCAGGAAUGUUAGGGUCAAAUAAAAAUUGUAUACUAAAUGCAUUGAAAACAUUGAGUAGUGUGAUAAAAUGGCUGUUUUUUUUUUCCUUUAAAUGUAUUAAUUUGGCCAUCUAUACAUCCAUUCACACACACACACACACACAACCCGCCAACACACUCGUUUUACCAGGGCUAGUCAUUCACAUUCUCAAAGCCUGGGCCAAUCUCUUAAGACUAUAUAUACAUUGCUGAGUAGCUAUUGAUCUUCAUUGGUAUAGGAAAUUUUCCCACCAAGAUUUCCUUAUAGCAAUGAAAUUUCAGGCUGGGGCCAACAAAAUU